AUGCCAUUAUUAUUAUUACUUUUUUUUUUGACAAUUUUUUAUUUUCAUUCGUUAUUUUGUUUAAUUUUGAAAAAAAAAAGUCAAGCAUUUUUACCUGUAAUUACCUUACCAAAAAAUAAUAAUAUACGAAACAAAUAUUUCAACACGGAUUACAAGAAUGAAAAAAUAAAAAAGAAAAAAUUUACAAAUAAAUACAAUUAUAGAUCCGGAGCAUUAGAUAAUGAAAAUAAAGGUAGCAGACUUGAUAAGUUCAACGAUGAAAAUAAAGAUGAAUACGAUAUAUUAAGAGAAGAAAGUAUAUAUAACGGAUUUGAUACAUUAAAUGAUAAUAUAAAUUCAGAUGAUUAUGAAGGAAUCAUCAAUCAAAAACAAAAGCAAAAAGGAAAACAUAGAUAUAAUGUAUAUGAUAAUGAAUUAAAAAAGAAUUUAAAAGAAAUAGAUCUAGAAAAAGUUGAUAAAAUAGAUAGAACAAAGUGUGAACUGCCUCCGUAUAUAUAUAAGGGAAUAAAAGUUUAUGAAGGUAAGUCAAUGAAUUAUGAACCAGAAGUUUAUGAUUUUCGUACGUAUAAUAAAUAUUUUGAUGAUUUAUGUAAAGAGAAAAAAGCGUUAAUUGAUUCAUAUCAAUUAGAUAAAAAUUUAUUAGAUGAAACAUAUUUUGAUGCAAAAAAAGGAGGCCCAAAAACUUUUGGUUUUAAAUUUAAACAAAUUCAACCAGUAAAAUAUCAUGAAGGAAGAGCAUAUACUUAUUUUUUUAUGCAUUCUCAUGAGGUUGAAUUAUCUCCAAUUUUUCUAAAUGCUUUUAGACGAGUAGCAAUUAAGCAUUUGAAAGGUGGGAGGGUUACGGCUCUAAGAAUCCCCAAUAUGAAACAUGAAUUUUAUUGUAUUGUAGGUGUUAGGGAAAAUUUUUUUGAUAUAGCACAGAACUUAAGACAAAUAACUUUUAAAAAUGUACCAGAGGAUGUAGAUAUGGAUAAUUAUUUAACUGGAAAGUUUAGAAUAAAGGGACCAAUGAUUGUAGUAGCUGGACAUAUGCAAUUACCUGGAAAUGUUGAAAUCAUAAACAAAAAUCAAUAUAUAUGUUCCGUUUCUGCAGGAAGCUAUUUAGAAAUGGAUGUUAAAAUAGAAAGCAUUGAAGAAUAUGUAAUGCCUGAAUACGGAAGUCAAUCAAGAAAUAGAGAUAUAUGUAAAGAUAAUUUUAUUCAUUUUAGUAGUAGUUGUACUCCAGUAGAGUUUUUUGGUUUCACUGGUCAAAGAAGAGGAAUUAAUUUAGAUAUUUUAGGUGAAAUUAACAUUGUUGAAAUGCAUACAGAUGGAUCUAUUGCACCUAAAACUGCUCUUUUAAAAACUAUAGAUUACUUGUCAGAAAAUUUUCAAUAUAUAGAAAAUGCUUUAUAUCAUAAUUGUCAUACAUGUGAUGAUGGAACUAUUGAUGAAGAAUUUAGGAACCCGGAGUUUUAUAUGGAUAAAGAUAGGUAUACUGAUGUACCAUGGAAUAAGUACAAAAGUACUACAGAAGAAUUAGAGGAAACAAAAAAAUGGUUAUAUAGGAAGGAUGUACAUAGACAAUAUAAUAUAGAUCCAGAAAGCGUAGAAUCAAAACAAGAAAGAGAAAUAUUAUGGGAUAAAAAACAGAAAUUUAUUAAAGAAAUUGAAAAAAGAAAAGAACAAAUAAAAAAGGGACCAUCAGUAUCUGAAGGAGAAAUAAUUCCAAAUGAAGAAAGGCAUGACUGUUUGAUUGAUUGGCCUGUGGAUAAAUCAGAACGAAAUAUGAAUCCACCCCGAUGGGUUAUUGAAAGACCUUUAGAAAAAAAUCCACAUGUUGGUCACGAAGAAAUUUAUGAUGAAGGCAUAUGA